AUGACCACCAUAAACGGAGACCAGGCGUCUCCAAAGGCUUCGGCCUCGAUAAAAUCUAGCACCCAGCGUGUGCCUCCCCCAGAGACCUCCGAAGCCGUUCAAACACGCUUUCGUGUCAUUGCUGCUUUCUGGGCAGUGAUCGUGUUAUUCGGAUUUCCGAUAUGGUGGAAGACAACUUCUAUCUACCGGGCACAUUUGCCAAUUCAGGAGAUGGUUGAUUGGGAUGAUGGAAAGAUCUGUCGCCCUGUCUUUCCCUUGGAGAUCCAUGUAGCGGCUCCUGCAAUGCAAAUCUCCGAGUCCCAGCAUCUUCUUCGCACCACCCAGCAUACCCUUGACGAUCUUAAUGAAUUCGCCGCCCAUCACUUGCGACUCAAGUUGGCGAACGACACCAGUGCACCCAACGCCAAUGGCGACCAAGCUGCCGAGACGGAACAUCAGAUCACCGAAGAGAGAGCAGACAUCGCCCUCACCGUUCGCGUGCUCCCCCAGGAUGACUUGACUGCUCCUCGAUCGGAGAUUCACGCAGACACAACGCAGCUCGAUGUAUUCUACCCACCGAACCAGGUCCCGCUCCCCUCGUCUUCCAAUCCACCCCUCUCGGCUUUCAUUGCGCAGGAGCUUCAAGGACUAUAUAGCGAAGAGAAGGCUACGAUCGCACAUAUUCUCUCGGGUGAAACCGCCGGAUCUGAUUCAGAGAGCAUCAUUCGACGACUGCGUCGAUCCAUGAAAUACGCCGACACCUAUCAUCUAUCCUUUUCACUUUUUACGCCAGGCCCUGCGCCUUCUUCCUGGGAUAUCGAAGCAGCCGUGAAGGAGUACUUGACCCCAUUGCUAGAUGCAUUUGCUCCUAUCAGCAACUUCACAGUUGAUACCCAAGUCCAACUCUACGCGACCUUUUCACCAAUGGCUCCUCCACCAGUCUAUGACGAAGCCGAGGCAGCAUGGACCUUGAAGAAGGAAGAUCUCAGCGCAUUUAUCAACGCCGCUGAGUGGCCACUCAACCCCAGCAUUGGCAACGGACCAACCCUCAACUUCGUUCUCUAUGUCCCCGCGCCAUUUCAAUCCCCAAUGGUCGUCAAAGAGAACCGCGCUUCAAGCUGGAUUGUGCCACAAUGGGGUGGAGUAUUCCUCCUCAACCCUCCCCUGUCAGAAGAGCCGAGUCCAUCAAAUCCAAAACACCUUACACAGGAGUCACUGCGUCCCGCCUUCAUGACAUUCUCGCAUCAACUCUUAACCCUCCUCGGUACCCCCACAACCCCUUCAUCUCUCCCACUGCGCUUGCAAACCCUGAUUCGCGUCCGCGCGGCUACCCUCCUUCUUUCCGCCUCAUCUACCAUGGGCUCUCUCGCCCGUCUCACCGAAUCUCUCCCCUCAAUUCCAAUCCCAGCUACUGUAGCCUCGUCCGUCUCAACUACCCUCUCUCAUCUCGGUACAACAUGUUCUUCUCUCCGAGAUGGACGCUUCGCAGCUGCACUGGCUAGUGCACGCGUGGCAGAAACCGAAGCGGAACGUAGUUUCUUCGAGAAAAGUAUGGUCGGUCAGGUUUAUUUCCCAGAUGAGCACAAGGUUGCCGUCUACCUGCCUCUCCUUGGUCCGAUUGGUGUUCCUCUCAUUGUUGGAUUGUUGAAAGAAGUGAAACGACUCAUUGCGGGUCGGAAAGCGAGAGCGGCUGCUUAG